AUGCUGGACGAAAAAGAUGGGUCCGAUGCAGAUAAGCUUCUCAACAAUAUACUUCCGUCGUACCAUAUGUUCCAAAGUACAAUCUCCAAAACGUUGUCUACCUCUAGAGAAGACUACUUAACGGACCCACCGAUAUAUGAAGUGACGCCAGUUCACUCCAAUGUCUCGACUCCAGCUCUCUCAGUGCUUCCGUCACCCGUGAACGAAUUGACGAAUGUAAAUAGUUUUCCUUUCAUUGAAGCACCAGAAGAGCAGACGUUUGACGAUGAUUGUAUCGAUAUAUGGGAGAACACCAUACUUGCAAAUGUGCACCGCCUCAAGAACUUGACGAAUUCCAAGAGUCUGAUCUCGAAAGACCUCCAGGUGGAAAUAUUCGUUACGAAAGACGUAGUUCAAAAGGGUAUGAAACCGUCUAUUAUAGACCCUCAUGAGCGUGAGUACCAACAGGGAGACUAUAUCCAUGGAUUUGUGACGAUAAAAAACAACUCGAGUGUCCCUAUUCCGUUUGAUAUGGUAUACGUAGUGUUUGAAGGCAUCGUCACAAUCUAUGAUAAUAAGGGUGGCAUGAUCGACGUUAGAAAGCCAUUGAAAGUGGAAAAAUAUCUUAACAUGUUGGAUUUGUUUGCCUCAUGGUCAUAUGCCAACAUAGAUCGUUUGGUAACAGACCACGGUGAUCCACAUGAUUGGUGUGACGACGAAACUGACCCUUAUGAUAACGCCCGUUUGUCAAUUGAUGCGAAGAGGUUAUUCCAGCCCAAUGUCACUUACAAGCGAUAUUUCACAUUCAAAAUUCCCGAGGUUCUUCUAGACGAUAUUUGUGAGUACCACGGGUUGGCAUUACACACUCAAGUGCCGCCGACGUUGGGCAAGCUACGCAGGGUAGAUACCACUCAACUUGGAGACUCGAGUAUCAAAGACUUGUGUUUCAUUGACGCUUGUCUGAGCUACACUGUUGAGGCAAGAGUCAUAGGCAGAUCUUCAGACUUCUGCAAGUCGGACUCGAAGGACCACUACGUGGUUGCAAAAGAGUCGAUAUGUCCUAUUAGGGUAAUCCCAAACACAAAACUUGAGCACAUCUAUAAUACCAGGACAAUGAACCACGAAAUCAGCAUUUUUUACGCAGCAUUUGAAAGCACCGUCCGUGAGAAAUUGGAGGAAGCAGAACAUUUAUCCACUGCAUCAAUGGGAGAACGGCGAGAGUUUCUGCUUUCACCUCAAACUUCCCGAGAAUCAUCAAGCAUCAAGUUGAACCAGCUUUAUACCCAAAUAAACUCCAAAUUCGAGAAAACGACCAGCGACUCCAAAUCUUUCCAGGAGCAAAACUACCAGUUUAUUUCUCCAAUCAAGAAAAGAUCACUCACCGCAUCUAAGGAUAUUGGAUUUAUCUCAUUAUCAACUCCCAAACAUGACUACAGGACGUCGUACAUACCACCCCCAAAGUACCGGAAAGGUGAGUUGAAAGACAAGGAAACUCAAUUGACGAUACCCAUAGAUCUUACCUACUUUUACCGGAUCAAUUCGUUGAAACAACCCUCAAUGCCAAAAAUUAAAUCAAUCACCGCAGAGUUGACGGCACUCACCAUCAAGUCUGACAAAUAUCCCAUUCCAGUUGAGUUCAACCAUGAAAUGUGCUUCCGUGAUAAGGAAGUUGUCAAGAAUCUGAAGCAGGUAGUGGACAAUUUUGACCGGAUAGUUAUUCAACCGAACAAAAAGAAUCUUCAAAAACUCACAUACCACCUAAAACAUCUCGGCUCAGAUGUUUUCAAGGUAGAAACCAAACUAUUCAAUGAUCUCAAGUCGUUGGCUUUUCUUUCCACCAAGUACCAGACUCUCGUUAUCAGCGACCUCAACUUUUCCUCGACUACCGAAAAAUCACUUGUUACAUCUAUCGAAGAUAUUACCUGGCAAAUAGAGCCCACAGAGUCAACCGAGUAUGAGACAUACUCUAAAAAGUUCAAUGUUCAUAUAGACUUGAAGAGAGCCAAACUCAAGGGCUCCAACAAUGAGAACUCAGAGCUACUUUUUGACAAUUAUACCCUUGUUCCAUCAUUCCAGCUAUGCUUUCUUUCAAGACUCUACUAUAUCAAAAUUAUGGUUCAUCUACACUCCGGAGAAAUAUUACAGAUCCCGGCUCCCUUGCACAUAGACAAAUAG